AUAGCAAACGUCUCCAAAACAUACCUAGGUUCCUAUACUUAUUGCCCUCUCUACCACGCAGAUGACGUUGACGUGACGUAUUGACAUUCACGCAGUACCGCGGUCCGGUGAUCCUCGACGUUCGUGCUGUUUUGUGUUGGAUCUCACGGCUGUUAAUAAUAAUUAAUUAUUGCGGCCGCGCCAGGUCAACAGUUCCAAGCUGGAGCUUCCAGCCGAUGACGACAUGGUUGUCACCAACCUAACCCUCAUUACUCCUUCAGUAACUCACCAAGCUCACGUCUGACUCAAGAUGACGAUGACGACAACGACGUCGACCAAGUGAAGUGUGAUAGUUACAGCAGUAAGUUAUUAUAAUAGGGAGGAUGAAGUCGGGCAGCGUCACCGAGCACCGGGGCUCCGUUCUUCUCAAACCCGAGGAGAACGAGCAGAUCUUUCGAUUGAUCGGCAAUCGCUGUCAGUGCCUUGCUGCAGGUAUAAUUCAAUUAUACAUGACGGAAUCCCCCAGACAUCAUGAGUGGAUUAAAAAGAAUACAGGAAUAAUUACUUUGAUAAAAGACCCUUUUAAACGCAGUUUUUUUCUGAGGCUAUAUUGCAUUCAACGGAAAGCCAUGCUGUGGGAGCAUGAAAUUUAUAAUUCAAUGGAUUAUCAGGCUCCAGAAGCAUAUUUCCAUACUUUUGAAGCAGAAGACUAUAUGGCUGCAUUUAAUUUUGCCAGUGAAACCGAUGCUUUUGUCUUGAGGAAUAUUCUUCUUGAAAAACUAAAUAAUACAGCCAGACGUAGAAACGAAAAGCUUUCAAGGAUGGAAAUGGGAAAUCAAAGGGGACUAGGAGAUCAAAUUAAAAACCAAAGUAUUAGCACACCUUCUCUGGGUUUGACUCCAAAUAUGCCUAAUAAUUUGUCAAAUGGCUCGCCCCUGUCUAUGAAUGUCAACAGAAGCCUAACAAACAUUUCUAUAGGUAAAAAUAAAAAGAAAAAAAAGAGUCACGAUGAAAAAAAGAAAUUAACUACAAAUGAUAUUGGAUUACCAUUCGAUUUUAGGCAUGUUGAACACGUCGGGACUGAUUUGAAUGAUUGCCGGGUAAUGGAACCAGAAUUAAAAGCAUUUUUUGAAAAAAUAGGAGUUUCAGAGAACCAUUUAAAUAACAAAGAAACGCGAGAAUUUAUUUACGGUUUUAUUGAGAGUCACGGUGGAAUGAGUGCUGUCAAAAAAGAAAUAGUACCAUCCUCAACAAUUGUACAUCAACAAGAAGUGCCAAAACCUCAGCCAAAAUCAGAACCGCCACCACCUGUACCAGCAAGAACACUACUACCCAGCACAAAUACAUAUUCAAAUAAUAGUCAUCAAAGGAAAGCUCCACCAUUACCGCCAAUUCAAACUCAAAGUCAGCUUCCCCCAGCGCCUCCAAGUGCGCCUCCAGUGCACAGAACACUUCCAUCAAGGCCGCCUCCUCCUCCAGCAGCAGCUGCUGCUUGUGCGCCCACGUUACCGCCUCCUCCGCCCCCACCGCCAAUGCCAGAAGAACCUCCAAAAGCUGUUGUAAAUAAUCCACCUCCCCCACCAAUGCCCAAUCUAGCAAGUAAUCAAGGAGACAUGGACAACAGUAACGAUAAUAAGUAUGGUAGUCCAGAUCCAAGAUCUAUGCUUAUGGAGUCCAUAAGAUCCGGAAUUUCUCUUAAAAAAGUAAAUAGGGAUGAAACGAAAUCGCCCACUACGUCGAAUCCAAGAAAUAACCUGUUGGAUGAAAUUCGUCAAGGAAUUACAUUGAAACCAGUUGCGAAUGAACCAAGACCCAACAGUGCUACGCCAAAUUUAGCGGAAGGCGGAUUGGCUGCAGCGCUCACCAGGGCACUGGCCGAACGCUCAAGAGUAAUGUACAGUGAGAGUGAAGAUUCAAGUGACUUUAGUGAUAAUGACGAUGAAUGGAAUGAUUAGAAGAUUACGAAUGGUCUGUUGGAUUGUGAUAUGUAUGGAUUUGAAAUAAGUUUUUCCUUACACAUGGAAGUACUAACGUCAUUACCACAAAACAAAGCGGUUGUAAAAAAAAAAAAGAAAAAAAAAGACUCAUAUUGAUGUCGAUAGUAGUUAUCAAGUUAUUACCGAUCUAAUAAGUAUUAUUUAUGCUGUUAUUCUAAACGGUAAAGUAAAUUUUUGUUUUGUAAAAUAUACAUUUUAUAUGUAUACAGACAUGUAUAUAACAGAUAGAUAAGUUUUAAUACAUACCUUUAAGAAAUUUGAAUUCAUAAUCGAUUGAUUCAGACUAAGAAUGUAAUUAAAAGUAGAUACGACUUUCAAAAUUUAUCUCCUGUCAGUGCUAAAUCUAUAAAAAGUCAAAAAAUUUUGAAGCCUACUUUACCUGAGUUUAGAAAAAAUCGCGCUUCGCAACAUUUUUCCUGUCAGUGCCUAAUGUGUUUUUACUUGAAUUGAUUAUUAUACGCACAAAUAUGCGUAAAUUGUGUUACUCAUUGUUAUCCUAUCAACGACGUAUCUUUCUUUAUGAUUCGUUAUUAGGAAAUUAAAUAUUAUUAAUGAAAAAAAAGUCUCGCCCCUUUGUAUCAACAUAUUCUUCAAACAGGCUAGUCUUUAAGUUCGUCAGCGAAUACCAUCGUAAAAAUUAACAUAACUGAAAAUAGUUUUCAUAA